AUGAUGAAGCGCAUCACAAAAUCGAGACGUUCUCAUUCUGGAGGCCACACAUCCAGUACCUCUAGCAGUGGUGGCGGUGGGUGGUUUAGUUGGCUCCGUAGUGGUGCUUCCACUGCUUGUGAGGGGAUCGGAGACUCUUCGUCUGCUCCCAAUGCAAGCCCUGCAUCUGAUUCUAAUGAGUUGAUGCAGCGCCUUCGAUCAGAGAUGACAUCCGAGGAGAAGGCCAAGCUAUAUGAGGCAAUAGGCUACUCAGAGGUAGCGGCUACUAGUCAGCAGGGCGGAGGUACUGCCGGGUACCCACUUGACUACGUCUCCACCUCGAUCCAAUUCUCGUUGCACUACUUUAACCUUCUAUCCUCACAUUGUCAAAUUUUCGGUCGGUCUUCUAACGGCAGCGAUCAGGCAACGGGCUUCGGCAAAUGCUCUUGCGUAGAUAGCUUUGAAGCAAUCGGUUCUCGAGACGCUACACUUACAGUACAAGCGCCUAAUGACCGUAUUCUCAACAUGCAUGAAAAUGCCCCUCUUCUAAUCACCAGCCACAUCUCUGCCUCUUCUGAACGGAAGUCUGAGUUUGACGAGAUACCUUCGCAACAGCAAAAGGCCACACUCUUUCCCACUUCUUCGUAUUUUAAUGCUCCAAAUGAAUCGACUUCAUUAGUUGUGCCAGAUACAUCCGGCCUAUCGUUCAUUUCCUGCUCUGCCAGUACUGUUAGUGCCUCAUCUCUGCUACAUAUUAAUUUUGAGAGAAAUCCGCUGGAUAAGGGCAUAGAGCAGCGCAUUACUGUGUCUGCUGAUCCUCUACAGAUUAUUUACGACUCCGAGACGGUGAACAGGAUCUUCCAUUUCUUAGAGCCUCCCAAGGACCUUCGUCUCGACGAGUAA